AGCCUGCCUCUCAAAAAGGAAUCAUUCGUGGAGCACCGAGAGGCAGAGGCAGUCAAAAGGUUGGAAGAGAGUUUUCCUCCUCUCUUAGCUCCUUGAGACGCCAAAAAAGAAGCCAGGAUGAAAGCGGUGAUUUUGUUUUUGUGUUUUUUGCAUUUGACUUUUGUCGGUUCUAGUCCUCAUCCUAAACCUAGACAUAUAUGGCUCAGCGAGGAGCCAACUGUGCAGAGCAAAGGAUCCACAAAUCCAGUCAGAGUGGGACCUCUGUUUGCCAGAAGGGGACUGUAUGAAUAUCAGCAACUUCUUGUACCUAAGACAGUCGAAAUCCCUCCUUCUCAAAACGACAUCCUCCACACCAAAGUUGAGCAAAAACCCAUAAAGCCCGGCUGCUCCCAGCUGGGCCAAAGUUGUUCACGCCUGUCGGGCUGCUGUGACGCCUGUGCGACGUGCCACUGCCGCUUCUUCAGCGCCAUCUGCUUCUGCCGGAAAGCAAACGGGCUGUGCGAGAGGAAAAGACUGAAUUCUAGCAAAGCCAGACAGAGGCAAAAACAGAUUCACUCAGUGAACCAAUAAACACGCCAACCCAUUUGGUAAUAGAACUUCAGCUGGGGUUCACUUCACACUCCUGUUCAGGCGGUUAUCCUGAUUUUGUUUUAUACCUCUUUAAAAAAUGUUCGAGCGUCAUUUUUUUUAAGUAUUUAUUCUUUAUUAUUAGAGCACAAAUUGAUGUUUGAGGAGUUUUGGUUCUAUGGUUUCAUGUUAGACCAUUAUGUUUCCCUGACUGUUCUAUUUUUCAUAAACAAUGUUAAGUUGAAUACAAAUGUAUUAAAAUGCACUUUUGACAUUUGGUUGCAGGUUUUCUUAUGUUGAAAAGUCACCUCAUGUCCAUGUUUAUUGUCUACGUGGAUUUACAUUCAUUCAAGGUUUUUUUUUUUACAUCAAAGCAGUGGUUAAAAAAACAGUCAAACUUUUUUUUAAUUUUCUCUUUUCUCCAAAAUGAAUUGGACACCUUUAUUAAUAAAAGAGAAAUUAAGUUCACUUUCUACUCACUGCACUGACGGUUCAAGUUCUUUUUGAUUCAAUAAAAAAAAGUGAGAUUAAGAUAAUGUGGAUAUUUCCAUCACAUUCAAAAUGUCAAAAUGAAUUCAAAAAAUAAAGAAAAUUGCAUUAACAAAAAUUCUGUUUCUCAGGAUUAACAUUGAGUCAAACUAAUGAAACUUAACAUGUAUUUUACUUUCUAAUUAUUUGUGAAGAGUUAUGACCGAAGAAAGUUUAAAAAAGUUAAAAAUAAAAAAAAUGAUUAGUUUCUGAGAAAAUCUUUUUCAAGUUUCUGGAGAACUGUUUAAAACUUCAAAAAGUCAGAGAACAACAUUAUAAAAAAAAAAAAAAAA